AAAAACACGUCAUGACAACACGAAUCGAAAAUAACAAGGCGCUACGCUAUACUACGUUUUGCGCACUAGACAAAUUCAACAUUAACCAUGCUGAAUUAAUAUUUACCAACAUGACAUUUAAAACUGUAAGCCUCUAUCCAUGAAAGAGAAUGUUACAAUUUCAAUUCGCGCCUAAUCCAUCGUGACUCAGUCAGCUGACCAAAUCCUUGGGAACUGACUCUUUCUACAGUGAUGGACCGAGAGCCUUGAACUGCCCACCAGACUCAUUCUCCCUGCAGUGUGGAAGCCGGCGCUGGAGAGGGCAAUAUGCUGAGCUCGAUCAAAGGGAAUACGCAUUUUUAGCCGACUGAGGGUUGACUGUAUCGCGUUAAUCAUGCCGGACUCUUCAGAAGCCUCUUUACCCGCGUGCAGGCGCUUGAGUUACUCAGUGGGGCAUUUUCUCAACGACCUGUGCGCCUCUAUGUGGUUCACAUACCUGCUGGUGUUUUAUCAUUCUGUGCUGGGCUUUCAGAACAUAUAUGCUGGUGUGUUGCUGCUAGUGGGACAAAUAGCGGAUGGAGUGUGUACACCGCUCAUCGGUUAUGAGUCUGAUAAGACACCCGGCUGUGGAUCAUAUGGGAAGAGAAAAACAUGGCAUUUAGUCGGAACUAUUAGCGUCCUCCUGUCGUUCCCCUUUAUAUUUAACCAGUGCCUGGGCUGUGAUCUGGACACUCCACAGUGGGUCAGUCUCACUUACUUCACCCCCUUCAUCGUCAUCUUCCAGUUUGGAUGGGCGGCCACCCAGAUUUCCCAUCUCUCCCUCAUUCCCGAGCUGGUGACUUGCGAGCAUGAAAAAGUGGAGCUCACUGCGUACAGGUAUGCCUUUACUGUGAUAGCCAACAUCACAGUGUAUGCAGUGGCCUGGCUGAUGUUUCAUUUUCAGACUCAGGAAGGAGAUGAUCCUGCCAUUACGGAAAACCUUGGCCUGGUUGACAUCCCUGUUUUCAGAGGUCUAAGUCUUACAGUAGUAGGCAUUGGAGCUCUGUUCUCGCUGCUCUUUCACCUGGGCACACGGGAGAAGGGGGCACGUCCCCGUCAGGAGGAGGAGGGGUCUAGUCCUGGGGAGUGCCAGCCUCUUCUUAACAACACCACUGUUGCUCCUCCCACAAGUCUACUGCAGUGGAAGCACUGGCUGCGACAGCCGUCAUUCUACCAGGUGGCUAUGCUUUAUAUGUCCACCAGACUGAUAGUGAACCUGUCACAAGCAUACAUAUCCAUGUAUCUCACCUACACACUACUGCUGCCAAAGAAGUACAUAGCCACCAUUCCCCUGGUCAUGUUCCUAAGUGGCUUUGCUUCCUCGUUUAUCAUGAAGCCUCUAAGCAAGCUAAUGGGCAAAUGUAUGACCUAUUUUUUGGGACUGUUGCUGAUUCUGGCGUUCUCCUAUUGGGUGCUGCUGGAUGCACACAUGGGAGAAAAGGUGUAUGGCACAGCGGUCUUGCUAGGCGUGGGGUCUGCUACCAUCCUGGUGAUGUCACUUGCCAUGACGGCUGAGCUCAUAGGAGACCAAACACAAAGUGGUGCUUUUGUUUAUGGAGCUAUGAGCUUCACAGACAAGGUGGCUAAUGGUGUGGGAGUUAUGAUUAUUCAGACGCUACACCCCUGCCGCACAAUGGUAUGCUGUCCAGGGUGCGUGUGGUAUUACCACUAUAUCAUGGUCAUCGUCACUGGUGGAGUGGCCGUUUUAGCAGCACUGAGCCUCUGCACGAUCCUUAUCUGGCCGAUAAAGAUUGUGCGCUAUCUGCCUGAGGUGACUGGCCUUAUGGGGAGUGAUAGAGAGGACUCCGAGAGCUCUGAGCAGCCGUCAGUCGACUGAACACGCAGCAGCUGCAGAGAUUCGUCCCUUCUGAUGCAGAGAGCUUUUGGUUGACACUUACAUCACAGUGGUGAAGGUUAGAAUUCAAAUCAGGUUUUGGUUCAGAAUUAUCUUUCACACAGGCCAGUAUUUGCUAUAGGGCGGCCACAUCUUGACACACGAGAGAAUUUCACUGAGACCCAAAGAUGUGAAUUUUUAGACCUGAUUAGUUGAUAACACUCAUGUGUUUUAUUGUGGCUUCUCACUUCAUAGUUCUCACAUAAACCACCAUAGACAGACACUUUUUUUCUGAAGGGACUAUUUUUCUUAUGCACAUUUUUUUAUGUUUAUCAUUUGCUGUUUGUUUUUAUUUGAUUAUAAAUUUAGUUCAGUUUUUUUAAAUCAAAUCCAUAAAAAUAAGGGAAUUUAUUUAAGGACUCUGCAAAACUAUUGACGUUAUCAUGAAGUUAAUGCAAGAUGCACAUGUUAUGAUGGAUGCAGCAUUUUAGAUUAUAUUAAUGAAUCCAUCUUAACUGUUUCAUAAGGGAAUUCAUGAAAAGGGAAGAAUUGCUAUUUUAAAGCCAUGUUUUGUCAUUUCGAGGCAUAUUUUCAGCUCUGAGAUACAUAGGUUAUCACUGUUAGGGACCAGAGUGUCAACGAUGAGCAUUUUUCCUUUUAGAUGCAUAAUUAUGUUUUCAUAUGUAAGACAUUUGUGUCUGACAUGUUUUCUGUUCAUACAAGUGAACAGAAUAAAUGUUCUUUAUGAACAGACAUUUCUGUAUCUAGAUGUGAUACAUUGUAACCUGUCUUUGUAACUAGUUACUGAUUAGCAGGAAUGCAGUGUCAGUGUGAGUAGUUUCAACAUCUGGUCAGCUGAUCCAGUGACCAUGUGAUGCUCAAGACUUUUAACACUAAAAAUAAACCAUAAAGGCUGACUCUCAAAUGUAACUGGAAUUAAUUAAAUAGUAAACUGUAGUGGAAUCA